AUGCCUGACCCUCACGAAGCCAACUGGGCCCAGAUCGCUGGCGAUCGCGUGCAGAACUACGCAAUACCAGACGGAGGCGGGGCAGCCAACCCGCUCUUCUCUCCGAGGAUGGGAAUGGCGUUAACGACCACCAACACUACCCCGGCUAUAUCAAAUUCCAUCCAGCGCCUCAAGGACUCGACAAACGACUGGGGCUACCUCUACGUGAUGGGAGGAGAUAGCUUCGUCAAGACGACCGACGAAGACGCCGGCGAGCGCGGUGGGGGAUACACCAACGACGUUUGGGUCACGGAGGGCUCCGGGUGGGAGAUAUACUCGGAGGGGAGCAAGCCGAUGAUCAAAUCCACCAUGGAAUGGGACGAGGUUAACCCCGGUCGACUGCCGCCUGCCGGUGUGACCUACGAGGACUGGAUCAUAUGCCAGGACGGACUGCGACACCGCCUCACCGAUCCAACGGUGUGCGACGACACCUCCACUGCUCCCGGGAUCUACACCGCCGAGAACAUGUGGUCCCCGCGGCGAAACCACCGGGCGGUCACCCUGGACGAGCGCGUGCUGGUCCUCGGCGGCCGAGCGCGCGAGAUCGCCGACAUCCCCCGAGACCGCACUGUUGGGGGCAUCCUCGCCCCGCGGAUCGAGCCGGACCCGUUCUACAGCACCUGGCGCGAGCCCUCGGUGCUCAAGAACGACGUCUGGGCUUCGGACGACGAGGGGAGUACGUGGUUCCUGGUGAACCCGGGGUGCCAGGCCCCGCAGGCGGAGGACGUCCUGGCCGGGAACGAGGCCCAGGGCAAGGCCGGCGUGCUCGCCAACAAGUGCUCCGCGGACGACGACUGCUACGGUGUUGGGGUGUGCGUGGACACCCGCGGGGACGGCAGGCACUUCACGUGCGUGUGCCCGAUGUGGUCGCCCCGGGAGCUCCACGCCGCGGCCGUCCACGACGGGAGCGUCUACGUAGUCGGCGGCUUCGUCAGCGUUCGGAGGUCCAGCUGCGGAGACUACGCCUGCGGCGACGUCGACGCCGGGGCGUACCGGGGCUACAAGUCGGACAUCUGGCGCAGCUCCGACGGGGUAGCCUGGGACGCGGUGACCCUCGAGGCCGGCUGGCAGGGGCGGGGCGACCACGGGCUGUUCGUCUACUCGGACAGGAUGUACAUCGUGGGAGGGGCCGCAGACGGGGGGGACGGCCGGGUGAGCUUCAUGAACGACGUUUGGUACGCCGAUCUCCCGGAGAGCGGGAGUGGUGGCACGGACAUGUCGUCCUGGAACACGAGCGCCGCCUCUUCAGCGGCCUGGUCGGGACGCGCCGGGCACCAGGUCGUGUUGGAGGUACCGGCGGCCAUCAACGCCUUCUCACCGCGGGUGUACGUUAUCGGGGGCCACAACCACGCAGGAAUCCUCAAGGAUACCUGGAGCUGGGACGUGAGCGAGGAGACUUCUGCCGGAGCGGCGUGGGCCAAGGACUACUCCGCGGAGCAGCCGUACCGCACGGCGGCGGCCACCACCACGGGCUUCGUCCCGGGCCCGCCGCCGCAGAUGUUCUACGUCGACGGAGACAGCCACGUCGACCUGCUGAGGAAGGCCUUCCUGCCCACCUGGGCGCCGUUCGAGCUGGGGUCGGUGGAGGCGGACCUGCGGCCGCUCGUUACGGACGAGGAGGCCCUGAUGCUCGUGGAGGCCGGGGUGAACACCAUCUCGGAGCUCGUGGCCGCCGACAAGUACACAAUUCUUAAGCUCCGGGGCUACGACGUGCCGCAGGUCCCUCUGGAGGACCGACUUUCAGUCCUUCACAUCUGUGAUCUGCGUAAUCUGGCCGUGUCUCUGGUGGAGAAGUGCGCUGUGGACCCAGACGCUGAUAAGUACAACGGGGAGGAUGGCCAACCGUGGAAUGUCGAACCCGUGUUUUCGGAAGGGAAACCAAUAACACAAAACGCCCAGUGGUACGGGGUCGACUAUACAGUCGCCGAAGUGGAAGAGGACGAAGAGAAUGACUUGACCGAGCUGAUAGAGACCUGGGACGGCUGCACGUACGUGGAGGCGCUCGGGGUGUCGCCCAACGUUCCGGGCAUAGGGGAAGUCUCUCAGGUGGAGACCACGACGGACAUGUCCCAGGCGCUAGGAGGACUCCGCUGCAAGAUCAACCCCGGUCCCCGGACCCACGCGGCGUCGGUGUACUUCAAGCAGAAGCUGGUUCUUCUCGGGGGUAGGUCGGGCGAAGACGAGCUCAAGAACGACGCCUGGUACCGCGACGACCGCACCCCGACGGCGUUCGUCGCGAGCGGGCCCUCCAGCUACACGUCGGGAAGCGACUUCGACUUCACGUGUGACGAAGAGGUUUGCUACUACGAGGUUCGGGUGUUCGACGGGGACGAGAGCUUAGAGGUGGUAGCGUGGACAGAUCGCGUGGAAUCGGCGGACGUCUCCUUCCUUAACCGGUGGAGGGGGGGUCCGGGCACGGGGGAGUACAUCCUGUACGUCAGGGCCGUCGAUGCCGCGGGGAAUGCUGAUUUCAGCUACCGUGAAACACUCAAUAUGCACACUUGGACGUACGUGUCUCCCCUGCCGUGGAGGAUCAUCGUGCCCGUCUUCUUCAGCGGCGUGUUCUUGAUACUCUUCCUCUACGUCGAGUACCGCAGAAGGAAGAAGAAGAGGGCCAUGGAGAGGGUAUCCGUCGAUCGACUUUUACCUGAAUCGGUACACCUUCGCACUAAGUCCUUCAUUGAAUUUAUUCUGAGAUAG